GGCGGAGUCAUGUGGAGAAUGUGGAGGGGAGUUGAGUUGGUUAAAGGGGUUGAAAAAGGCAGAAAAGUCUUUGAGUCGUGUUUAAUAAGUGCAUAACUGUGAGUGAAUAAAAUGGCUCCUAGUCUGGAGGAGUUUUGUGUUGAACCUGAAUAAACACCAAGUCGAAUAAAAUGAAGACUUUACUUUUAUACGCGUUGCUGUUGUUGUUUGUCGGAGUGGCCCGAGGAGCUUCCUUUUAUGGCGAUGGAUUUGUGCAGUUAAAAAUGAAAGAUUCAUCUCACUCCACAUUCAACUCGCUCCACAUCCGCUUCCGGACGUCUAGUCAGAGAGGUGUGCUGUUCCUGGCUGCAGGGCAAAGCCAUUACCUGCUGCUGGAACUCAGCUCUGGCAGACUGCAGGCAAAGCUGGAUCUUGGUUCUGGUGAGCAGAUCCUAGACUCCGACAAAGGGAACCCGCUGAAUGACUUGGCUUGGCACACAGUAGAUCUCAUCCAUGACCGAUUUAACGUAAUCCUAACCGUAGACAAGCAUUUCCAGACCAGUCAGAGACUUUCUGACUCGCAGCAACAGCUGGAUAUCAGCGAUGGUUUAUAUAUUGGUGGAACAGGAGGCUUGGAUAAAGUCUAUCUCCCUAAUGAUCUCACCGGUUUCCGUGGUUGCCUUGAUGAAGUGCUGUUUAAUCAGAACAACCUCCUGUCAUCACUUAGGCCGUACUCUGGCUUGAAGAACGUCUACGAGGUUUCCCUUGGAUGCAGUCCACAGUUCUUUGCUAACGAAGAUGAUGCAGUCAGUUUUUUCAGUUCCAGGGCAUACGUCUCUCUUCCUCCUUGGUCAGCACAGCAAGAGUGGACUCUUGAAUGCUCGGUACAUACAUCAGCUCAAGAGGGAAUCAUUAUGUACAAUUCUGCUCGAGAAGGGGGCUUUGUUGCCAUGGAGAUUCAUGAUGGCUUACUUGUUGCUGUGGUGGGGAGAGACGGAAUGAGAACAGAGCUGCGCUCUCUGACUUUCGUCAACGACAAGAAGUGGCACUAUGUUAAGCUUUACUUCACUUCUAAAAGCUUGCAGCUGACCAUCGACGGAGAGACUGUGAAGUCCAGCAUCAAAUCCAGAUCAAAAACCUUGCAUCUGAAAGGUUUUCUUUUCCUCGGUGGUGUAGAUGACGGCACUCGCUCUGAAGUCAGGAAGGUUGGCCUGUCAUCAGUGGCAGGAAAGCGCAUUAAAGGUGGCUCCUUCAAAGGAUGCUUUAGAGAUAUUAAGGUCAAUGGUAUUUUAACAGGUCUUCCAAAUGCUCUGGUAACCAAAGACGUCUCAGUCGGCUGUGAACCAGAAAAGGAACCUCAAGUUCCCACGACUGCUGGGAGUCCGGUUUUUCAGUCUGUCACUCAGUUACCGUCUAUAGAUAUGUCCACGCUGGCAAAGGGUCUGGUUGCAGGACAUGGACAGAAUUUCUUGCAGCUUAGGAACCUUGUUGUUCCUGAAGGCGGUCGCGCAUCGCUGGAAUCAAAACACAUCAAAGUGAACCUGGAUUUCAAGAAGCUCGGCAUCCGUCAGUCUCAGAUCAUGUUUAGGAUCGAAGAGCAGCCAGUGCAUGGUCAGCUGAGGUUUGAUGUGGACCAGGAGCAAGAAGAGAGUACGUUCAGUAUGCUGGAUCUGUGGCAUGGCAGAGUCAUGUACAUCCAUGGAGGUUCUGAAGAUCCACAUGACUACUUCAUGUUCUCCAUCUUCUCCAGUAGCAGAAAAGUGAAACCGAGCUACCUCAAGGGAGAGAAGUUGUACAUGUUCAACGUGACAGUAACACCAACCAACGAUGCACCGGAACUGAGUCUGCCUGAGGGAAAUCUCUUCGUUCUUCUAGAGAACUCGAGGAAAAGAUUAACCACUGACGUGUUGAAAGCCACAGAUGUAGACAGCAGCUCCACAGACUUGGUCUACUCUGUAUUGGGAAAUCUUAAUGCUGAUGCCGGGUUUUUGGAAACUGAAGAUAACCCUGGUCAGGCAGUCACUUCAUUCCCUCAUUCAGCUCUGGAAGCUGGAAAAAUCAACUACGCCCACACCGGAGUAAAGAACUCGAGGAUAGUGUUGAGGGUUAGCGAUGGAGAGAAGAUAAGCAACACGGUGGUGCUACGAAUUAUGGCUGUUAAACUGGAAUACAGCAUUGCAAACAACACGGGGGUGGAGGUCACUCAAGGAGAAACGGCUCUAAUAAACACAACACAGUUAGCAAUUCAGACAAACGCAGUAAGACAAGCCGUAGACAUUCGUUACGAUGUCAUCGAGCCGCCAAGAUUCGGAGAACUGCAAAAGCUUCAUUCAAAUGGAGAAUGGAAAUCGACCGAUUCUUUUUCUCAACGCGUUCUGGAGAAGGAUCGUCUGAGAUACCUCAGCACCUUCAAGGAUAUUCAGACUGCUAACGUAACCGAUCACUUCAAGUGUAAAGUCACGGUCGCAGCAAAAGCAACAGAGGAACUGGUGUUUGAUAUAAAGACCAAAUGGAUUCAUUACACACUGGAGAGAAAUGAAGUACUCCAAAUGGACAAAAUCAGGAGAAUGGCAAUUGAUCCAGAGCAUCUCUAUGCAAGGACACACGGCGUGGAUUUAACCGAAGAUCAGAUUUAUUUCAAGCUUCUCUCUUCCACUAAGAAAGGGUUGAUUUUGCUGAAUAAUAAAAAGUUAAGCGCCUAUUCUAUGUUUAGCCAAAUGAACAUCACUAAUAUGGAAGUGGAGUAUCAGCUGAUCGAUAGACCGUACGAGAACACAAGCGACACGUUCGAAUAUCAGGUGUUCAGCAAGCAUGCUCAUUCAGCCAGCCAUGUAUUCAGGAUAAAUAUCAGAGCGGAUAUCAACAGCGUUUACAUAAAAAAUAACGGACUUGCGGUUUUUGAAGGCGAAAGCAAACUUAUUACAAACAACGAGCUGUUUGCUGAGACUCUGAGUACUAAAGAAAUCUAUUACACAGUCACCGAGAUGCCAAAACACGGCAAACUAGCUCGAAUCAACUUGUCCAACUCAACCAAGCAUUAUGAUAAUCUGGUGUCUUUUACCUACCAGGAUAUCAUAGAGGAGCGCCUCAUGUACGUCCAUGAUGACAGUGAAACAACUCACGAUCAGUUCCGAUUUACGGCUUCAACGAGUCCGCUGGCGAAGAGUCUCGCCAACGAAGACGAUUCAGGCUCCAAAGACGGUGUCUUCAACAUCACCAUACAGUUAGUGAACGACGAGAAACCUGUUCGAAUUGUGGAUAAAGUCUUCCACGUGGUCAAAAACGGACAGAGGCUGUUGACGUUAGAUGACCUGUGCUACCACGACGCAGACUCGGACUUCAGUGACGGUCAGCUGGUUUACACCCGCCGCGGCAUCCCUAUAGGCGAUCUAGUGCUGGUAAACGACACGUCUCACAAACUCUACCAGUUCCACCAAGAGGACCUGGAACAGAAACGGGUGUUGUUUCUUCAUCGUGGGAUGAACUCUGGCCGCUUCGUGCUUUUCGUAUCAGAUGGCAAGCACUACAUCUCCUCGCUGUUGGAUAUCAGCGCUCAGGAUCCCUACCUAAAGGUCGCCAACAACACAGGCCUUUUGGUCCAAAAAGGACAGACUGGGAUGUUCAGCAGUGCUAAUUUCAGUGUGGUUACAAACAUGGACAUCAGGGAAGACAGCGAAAUCAAGUUUAAGAUUAGUGACGCACCAAAACAUGGUGCGUUGUUUAUAAAAGACCAGCGAGUUGACUCUUUUACGCAGUACGAACUGAAGAAUGCUCUGCUGUUGUAUCGCCAUGACGAUAGCAAGAAUUUGGCUGAAUUUUUCACGCUCAUUGUCGAAGCAAGAGGGUUGCAUUUGGAAGCUAGGAUCAAUGUGAAAGUGUACUUGGAAAGCCACCAAAAGCCACCUGUCUUACUCAACAACAAGAUCUUAGUGGUGGACGAGGGAAAGCCGGUGAAGAUUGAACGCGGUAAACUUGAGGUCACUCAUGAAGCAAACCUGCCCAAUGAAAUCAUCUUCACUGUUAAAGUCGCUCCAGCUUACGGAUACCUGCGACGAUUUCAUAACGGUAAAGAACAAUUCCAAGGAGUUGAGCAGGACCCUUUAAUGACCUUUACACAGCAAGGCAUCAACACCGGGAAUGUCCAGUAUGUCCAGAUAACGCCCGAGCGGGUGAACGACUCCUUUGUUCUGGAAGCCAGUAAUGGGGUCACAGAGCUGAGUGACAUCGUUAUGACUGUAGAUAUCAUUCCGCAGUAUAUACCUAUUGAAGUCUCCAAUAUAACGCUGAAAGAAGGAGCAUCUAAAGCGCUGACAGAAGACAUCAUACGAGUUACCAGUCCACAUUUCUCUGGGCUUCACUUUGUGUACUACGUGUCAGAAGGACCCAUGCAUGGACACAUCGAGAACUCGCGUUUCCCAGGGACACCCACAACAUAUUUUACCAGAAAACAGGUGGAGCAGGAGUUUAUCUACUACGUCCACGACAACUCGGAGACAUUCCAGGACUACUUCACUGUUAUAGCCAAUGCCACGGAUCUCCGAAAACACAGCACUCCCAGGACAGUGCAUGUCCAAGUCACGCCAGUCAAUGACAAAGCUCCGGUUAUCACGGCCAACAGAGUACUCAGGGUUUGGGUCGGCUCCAUAACAGAGAUCACUCCUGAAGAUCUGCACGCGGAGGAUGACGAUACAGCUCCAGGGCAGCUCCAUUACCUCACCACUCAGCCCAGUAACGGGCACCUGGCUGUGAAAAGUGCUCCCACUAGACCAGUCAUGAACUUCACUCAGGCUCACAUAGAUCAGGGACAACUACUGUUCGUGCACAGUGGAGCCACGGCUGGAGGGUUUAACUUCCAGGUGAAUGACGGCAUGAACUUUGCUCCAAGGCAGAUAUUCAGCGUGACGGCUCGUACGCUCGUUCUCCAUAUGGAAAGGAGCGGCCCUCUCAAGGUGUUUCCAGGCGCUUCAUCCUCCAUUUCAAAAGAAGUCCUCAGUGCAGCAACCAACGACAACGAAGGCAAUUCAAACCGCACCAUUGUUUUCAACAUUGUUAAUCCCCCGAAAUUUGGAAAGCUGAUGACUGUGCAGGCUGACAAGUCUGGCAUUGAGAUUUCUUCCUUCACACAAGAAAUGGUCAACGAGGGUAAGGUGGCAUAUGUACAGACUCUGGAGUCUGUUGGAUGGGCAGCAUUAGACAAGUUCACGUUCACCGUGUCAUCACCUCCUGCAAGCCUUGAGGCUCAGACCUUUGAUAUCAACAUCUCUUACGAAAAUGCAGGGCCUGAACGAAACUCUCUCCUGCUUAAAAACACAGGAGCUGUGGUCAUAGAAGGAGACAAAGUCGGCAUUGACAAAACAAUGCUAGAUGCAUCAAAUCUCCUCACCAAACAGCCCGAGUCUCGACGCAACUCCUACGACGUCUGGUACCAGGUCAAGUCUUUACCUCAACAUGGUGUCAUCGUUGUUGGUGAACGCAAUCUUACAAAGGAAAAGCCCUACUUCUCUCAGUUCAUUCUGAACAAAUACAGCGUAACCUACCAGCACGACAACUCCGAGACCACGCAAGACCACUUUGUCUUCGAUGCUUUCCUCAACCUGAAAAGCAAACCUGCACAGCGCCCUGAGGACGACCGUGAAGUGUUAGAGGAAAUGUUCAACAUUACGGUCACUCCAGUGAACGAUCAGCCACCUGUCCUGAAAACCAAAGCGCCAAGCCUCAAAGUGGCUCAAGGAGAUACUGUUGCUCUUGGACCCAGCAACCUGAAUGUGGAAGACCUUGACAACUCCCCAGAUGACAUCCAGUACUCUGUGAUCAGCAGACCUAGCAACGGCUUCCUUUCUCUCGCUGGAAGUCUAAACGUAUCUGUGGAUACUUUCUCUCAAGCCCAGAUCAACAACGGUGAAGUAUUCUUUGUCCAAGACGGCAGCCCAGCAUCCGGGGUGUUCUAUUUCAGUGUCACCGACGGUCAUCAUCGGCCAGUCUACAAACUUUUCAACCUAGAGGUGUUGAAGAUCGCCAUUUCAAUCGUCAAUCAAACAGAUCUGAUAUUGGAACAGGGGCAAACAGCAGCGGUGCUCAACCAGUCACAUCUGGCUGCGGUGACUAAUGGCAAAAACACUACUGUUCAGUAUAAAAUAACUGCUCCUCCUAACUACGGUAAACUGCUCUUGGACAACGAAGAAGUUACCAUUUUUAAUCAGGAGGAUGUGCAAGCACACAGAAUAAGUUACCAUAUGGUCAAUCUUGCAUCCUCUUAUGAUAACUUUGAGUUCACUGCUUUCACCUCAGAGGCAAACCUGACUGACCAAAUGGUCAACAUCACAGUUAAGCCUUUGAUUAGGUAUGCAGAAGGUGUAAGGUUCUCAAAUGGAAUUCGCGUUAAGCUCAAGGCAGACUUUCUCAACGUUUCUGAACUUGCCCUGAUUAGUGGUAGCGAUCCAUUGUUCGCAAUCCUGUCCCCACCAAUGUAUGGAAAGAUUUUAAAGCCUGGCAAGGAGAAAAAAGCAGAACCUACAAAGACAUUUCUCUUUAGCGAAUUACAGCAGGGAAAACUCGCCAUCGAGCUAAAGGCCAAUCUUACCGAAGUUCAAGAGUUGAAUGACUCGAUAAGAUUUGUCCUAAAAGCUGGCAACCUUCAACCUGCACAUGGGGAGUUCGUCUUUAGCAUCGUGCCAUAUGACCCUGCUCUCAUAACAACAACAGCUAUCUCAUUGUACACAAGUAGUACUGCUUCACCCAGACAAACCACAGUUAUGAGCCCUCCUCUCCUUUCCAAAUCUCCAUCAAUUCAGCCUUCAGCGCUGGUCACCAAGGCCGUGCCAAAGUUUAAGGGCCGCAAUCGCUGGGGCGACUCGAAUCGCAGUGACUCACAUGCCACAACUAGGUUUAAACCAACAUAUAGUCAGGAAAUUGUUCCAGUGAGGAACCAACCAGUGAGAGUUGAGUCAGUAUCCGAUAGCAGCUCCUCUUCCAACCCCAUGCUCAUCAUCCUCCCACUGCUUGCUCUUUUACUUGUGGUCAUCGUGGUCAUAUUGGUGUUACUACUGAGGAGAAAGCAGCAGAAGAAGAAUAAACAUUUGAACGGUUCCUCUGCUCGUAAAUCCCGGCCCGAUAGUAGACACUUUCAGGGGCAUCCGGAGAGGACUGCAACGGUUCCUCUAGUAACUAUAACCCCUCUCACCCCAAGCAACCCCGGUAGUCCUGCUUUGAUGAGACUCCAGACAGGAAACCCUGCCUAUGGGCAAUCUGUGACUCUGUGCUCCUUUGGAGACAUGGAUCAUGAAGCCACUCAGUUUUGCAGGACCACAAACCCCACCUUGCAGCACAAUCAGUACUGGGUGUGAGCUAUAAUCCAGUUCACAAGGAUUAGAUCCAUCACUGUGUUUUAACUGAAGCGAUUUUACUAGUUGUUUGAAUCUUUGUUGAAUUUAUGGAUGGAGAGAGGUGGUAGACAAAACAACGGCUAAUUUUGCCUGUUUGUCCAGUCACAGUGGUGCUGCUUGGAUCAGCACUUCUUCACUUUAAUUCUAACGUUGUUAGAUUUAGCCGCUCCGGUUCAUUUGCCACUCAACUUUAAUCUACUUUUUAAGGAAUCUAUUAAACAAGCCAAAUUAAACAAGAUGAAACAAUUUAUUCAAACUUGCAGCCAAAAGCCACAAACCCUCCAUAAUGAGAUGUGUCGUAAUUAUGAAGAUACUUUUUGAAGAGUAUUUUUGAAGUGUAAUCCAGCAGUACGUGAGGGAUGGAGCAGCGGUAUUGAGGAACUGUAACAAAGGAGAAACUCUUAAAACAAGACUGGAAUAGAGUUCUGCUUUCUGCUAGGCAAACAGACCAACUCACUAAAAAAAGACCUUGUGUAGGAGCUGAGACAGGGGAGGAGGUGGUGGGGGAGAAAACUGUCAUGAAGGGCUAAAGUAACAGAGGGGAAUUACCAGGAUGUUGAAGUAGGAGGUUGAGCUCCAUUUCUGUGUAUACUAGAUAUUCUAAUAUGUAGCGCAUUUGCUUAUUGGUCUUGCAAGGCAGAACUGUCGCACAAGUUCACUUAGCAUGGCCAAGGUUGAUAUUUGUCUGUGAUAGAAAUGCUGGCGAUACAAAAACUGUGAUUAAAACAUCUAGAAAUGGCUCCUAGAGCAUCUCAGCUUAAAACUACAGUGCAGUAAACCUUGCAAACAUUUUCCUGGUAUUGAAGAUGCGUCUCCCCGAGGGCCUGAGCAUGGAGGAGCGUACACACAGAGGUCUGGAGAAUUAGCAGGAGUCUUUGAGACAAUAUGGUUUAGUCUACUAUGACAGUACUGUAAUGGAUGCCGUUAAUAAGAAUCGAUGUCUUCCUUCCUGUAAGCAUGACCGGGUGUAGUUACCAUCCUGAAUCAGUGCUUUUGUCUACCUCAGACAUGUAGGAGUGAACACUGAAUAAAUUGCAUUAAGGUACUUUUAUGCCGUUGCUGUUUUUCAACAUACAGAUAUUUAUUUCUAUAUCCAACUCAUAUAGUGUAUGUAUUUUAAACAGAAAUGUGGUACAUCAUUCGUUUAUGGUUAUUCGUAUUAUGUUAUUACUGUUUUAAGCACAGUUAGUGUAUCUCAGGUAUUGGGAGAUUGCAUUAGACACUGAAGACACUGUUUGUCAUGAGCACAUGAUGUAACUGUAUGUUACUGUUAGCACUGACUCGUUGGAAAAAAACCCCACUGGUUUCCUUAUUUAUAUUUUUGAACAUGUAGUGGGGCAGGAGUGAAAUCAUUUGCAGUGUCUGACCACUUCCGUGGACUGUAGAUUAGAUUUCAGUCCUUUGUUUAUGUCACUGUUUUUUUUUUUUUUUUAAUAUAUAUAUAUUUUGGUCUUUAUCACUGGAUGUGUAAUCUCUUGCUCACUUGUAUUGUGUGUGUUAAUAAAUAGUGCUUGUAACGCACCUAAUCAAAUCAUAGUAAACUCCUAUUUAAUA